AUGAUUAUUUCAACCAUUGUGGUCGGGAGUAUAUGGCUAGGUGCAGUCGUUGCGAAGAAACAUGAUGCCUUACUUCCAUCCUACGACUUUGUUAUUGUUGGGGGAGGAACAAGUGGUUUAGUUGUUGCUAACAGACUUUCAGAACGACAAGAUGUUACUGUGGCGGUUAUUGAAGCGGGCGAUUCGGUUCUCAACAAUCCCAAUGUUACUACUCCUUAUGGCUACGGCAAGGCUUUUGGUACAGAUAUCGAUUGGGCCUAUCAAACCGAAGACCAGAAAUACGCCGGAGGAAAAAAGCAGACUAUGCGUGCUGGGAAAGCCAUAGGCGGCACAAGUACGAUUAAUGGAAUGUCAUACACACGAGCACAGAAUGUGCAAAUCGAUGCCUGGGAAUCAUUCGGAAACAAAGGAUGGAACUGGAAGAGCCUUUUACCAUAUUACAAGAAAUCCGAGGGUUUCCAGAUUCCCACUCCCGAUCAAGUUGCAAGUGGUGCUGACUAUUAUAUAACCUAUCAUGGACUAAAUGGGCCAGUCAAGACCGGCUGGCCUCAUGCAAUGGCCAACAGCAGCGUGCUCCCUGUGCUCGACGAAACCUUACAGCAAAUCCGCGUCAACUAUAACCGUGAUGUCAAUGGGGGCAACAUGGUCGGACUUACGGUACACCCCGAUACCAUCGACAGAGAAGCAGAUGUUCGCCAAGAUGCCGCUAGGGCCUACUUCUGGCCCUACGAGCAACGAUCGAACCUCAAGAUUAUUACGAACACAUACGCCAAUAAGAUUGUUUGGUCUAACGCUACUAAGGAGGCCGUUGCGAUAGGAGUCGAGGUCACCGGGCCAGAGGGUGUCUUUACGGUUCAUGCAUCGAAGGAAGUAAUUCUCUCAGCUGGCUCCCUCAAAUCACCCGUGAUUCUAGAAUUGUCUGGCGUGGGAAACCCGGAUAUCCUCGAUAAGUACGACAUCCCCGUCAAGGUCAACAUUUCCACCGUUGGCGAAAACCUACAGGAUCAAACAAACAAUGGACUCACGUACGGAAGCCGUGAGAAGUGGAGCGGCCUGCCUGCCUUCUCUGCCCUCCCUUCCGCUGAACAAAUAUACGGUGACAAGAUUGAUUCCAUCGCCUCCGCUGUCAACUCUAGCCUCGCAAAUUAUGCAAAGACAGUCGCCAAUUUCUCCAACGGGGCAGUCCAAGAGGCCAACAUCCUGGCUGCUUUUCAACUCCAGUACAACUUGAUCUUCAAAUCCCAAGUUCCUUACACGGAGAUUGUCUGGCUGCCAGUCGGACAUGUAUUCUCAAGUGAAUAUUGGUCUUUGCUCCCCUUUUCUCGAGGAAACAUCCAUAUCACGUCCGCCGAUCCUUCAAAGCCACCCUCAAUCAACCCAAACUACUUCAUGUUUGACCAGGAUAUCAUUGCUCAGGCCGAGAUCGCCUUCUAUAUUCGCAAUGCAUUCAAUACCGCACCUUUGAGUGAUCUUGUGACAGAGGAGUUUGUGCCAGGAAUGGAACUUUUGCCCAACAAUGCCACCGAAGCUGAAUGGACAGGCUGGAUCAAGGAUACCUACAGAUCAAACUUCCACCCCGUCGGCACUGCCAGUAUGCUCCCUCGAGCCAAAGGCGGCGUUGUUGACGCGCAACUUAAGGUCUAUGGGACCAAGAAUGUUCGUGUUGUUGAUGCAUCUGUUGUGCCGUUCCAGCUUUGCGGUCACUUGACAAGUACUCUCUAUGCCGUGGCUGAGCGGGCGUCGGAUCUCAUCAAGAAUAAAUACACGGAAUAUUGA